AUGAAGCUCGACGACUGGAAGACGGUGACGGGGUACAUGCUCUUCUGCUGCCUCACCUUCAACGCCGGCAACGUCCUCUUUGGCAUCGAUGUCGCAUCCUUUGGUUCUCUGCAGGCGCUGCCUAGCUUCCUCAACCAGUUUGGCACGCUGCAGCCCGAUGGCAGCUAUGGCCUCUCCACAACGAGGAAAAGUCUGAUGAACUCUGUCAACUGGACGGGCAAGCUCGUCGGAUGCGCCGUCUUUGAGCCCUUGCUCAAGAGGGUUGGCUUCAAGAAGACCAUCUAUGUGCUUUCCGUCAUUCAGAUCGUCGCCGUCGUCCUCGAGGUCACCUCCAAGUCUUGGAUCCAGUUCUGCAUCGGACGCGUGCUCGCCUACCUUGCCGUUGGCAUCGUCGAGCCCACCAUCCCGACAUACCAGGCAGAGCUCGCCCCAGCCCCUCUGCGUGGCUUCUUUGCAGGCAACGUCCAGGUGCUUGUGCAUCUGGGCAGCAUCUGGGGCGCUGGCAUGAGCCGCGCAUUCGCCAACGAAGAGGGCCCCAAGGGAUGGAUGAUCCCAGUUGCUGUCCAGAUGAUUCCUGCCGUCAUGCUGCUGAUCGGCGUGCCCUUUUGCAUCGAAUCGCCCAGGUGGCUUAUUGCCAACGGCCGAAAGGACGAAGCCAUUGCCAGCUUGAACCGCAUCCGACCAGCCAGGGACCGGGAGAAUGGCAGCACCACGCUCGAAGCCGAGGCGUGGGAGCAAGCCAUUGAGGAGAGCAAGCUGCAGACCCAAGGAUCGUGGAAGGACCUCUUCAGCAAGACGUACUACAACCGGACCAUUGUCGUCGGCGUGGUCUUCUUCUUCAACCAGGUCACCGGCCAGCAGUUUGCCAACUCCUACGGACCUUCGUUCUUCCGCUCCAUGGGCCUCCCCUCCAACCAACUCUUCACCUACUCCAUUCUCAUCCCCCUCGCCGGCCUCGUGGGCUGCCUGGUCGCCGUGGCCACGACGGACACGAUUGGCCGGCGCACGCUCUGCUACAUUGGCGCCGCGCUUGCCACGAUGUUCAACGCGCUCAUCGGCGCCAUCGGCUCGCGACCAGGAGCCUACGAGAGCGCGUCCGACUCCAACACGGUCGUCGCGUCCGUCAUUCUGCUCAACGGUGUCUGUAAACUCGGCGUCGCGAGCCAGUGCUGGCUCAUCGGCUCAGAGAUAGGCGGCACGCAGAUGCGCAACAAGAUGAUGGGAUUUGGCGUCGUGAUCGACGUCUUUGCCGCCUUUCUCGUCACCUUCUUCACGCCCUACCUGCAGAACGGUCCGCAGAUCCAGCUCGGCGCGCGCGUCGGGUACAUCUUCAUGGGUCUGGCGGCAACGGCCUUUUUCUUCUUUGUCUUCUUCACGCCCGAGCUCAAGGGGCGGUCGCUUGAGGAGGUGGACGAGCUGUUUGAGCGCAAGCUCUGGCCCUGGCAGUUUAGCAAGGCGCAGACGCACGGUGUCGGUGCGAGGAUUGCGGCGAUGGAGGGUGGGUUGGACAGAAAGGACACGCCUCCGUUUGGGAUGCACGACGAGGGCGAUAUGGUCGAGCCGACCAAGGAAGCUGGUGUCCAGGUUCGAGGCGAUUAGGCGAGUAUGGAUGGACCAAAUGGUGCUGAUAACAGUGGCUCGAGGUUCAACAGCACGAUGUCGUCUUUCCGUCCCGUCAACUGGCUUCACCCUUACUUCAGACCAAUAUGAGCUAGGCGCUGGAUC